ACUUUGUGUUUGAAUUUGUGCUCGUUCAUUAGUGCAUCGAUUUCUUUCGCCGGUUAUUUUACCAAGUUACAAGCCUAUUUUAUUGAGCAAAGUUCUUAAUUAAACAAUCUAAUUUGCUAAAAUAUUUAUCGGUUUGCAUAGCGUUGAUCGCCUUAAAUAAAAAAGACACUGCCUUAAGUGCAUAGUUUCUGUGAAAUUAUUAAAAGCUGUGCAAGAAAACGAGAAAGACUCUCUGUAAGAACAAUUUGCAAAGUGCUGCAGGAUUGAUUGCAAGAGAAUUUAGUGAUCUGCAUAUUUUGUGGUGUUUUUAAGGAAAAGUGUUAUAAAAACAUUUUUGUAUUUUGUGGAAUUUUCCAAUUGGAUUAAGCUCAUCAUUUGCUAUAUUCGCAAGUUUUUACCUGGAAAAUACAUCAUCGCUCGGUACACUUUGAAACAUCCAGUUGAUUUACAAAAUUAUUCGUUGCAUAAAUUCAAAAAAUCUAUAAAAGACAAUUUAACUUCAAAAAAAUAAUUAAAAUAAAAACUAAUAUUCUUAUAAUAGGCGUAUAUUUUUAAAUUAAAAUCGGUUUUGCACGCUCUUUAAUAUCAAAAUAAAAACAUCUAAACAAUACAACAUGGUGCAUCCAGCUGAAAACACUACAACCGCUGCCGCUGAACUAACAGCUGCUGAAAAAGAAGCCACUGAAAUUCGCUGCCAGGAGAAAUCGCGUGGCGGUCUUAGCUAUGAAGUGAUUCUGGCCGAACCAGCACCCAAUGUGGUAGUACCCAAGCGUCCAGUGACACCUGGUAAAAAUGUGUCAGCAGAGGAGAUCGAGCAAAAGCUGAAAGCUGCCGAAGAGCGACGCAUUUCUUUGGAGCAAAAGAAAAUGGCCGAUUUAUCCUACAAACUGUCGAAAAUCGAGGAAGCCACACGCAAAAAGGAUGAAAUCACCAAUGAGUUCAUCAAUCAGACCAAGGAGAAGUUGGAAACUAAAAUCGAACAGCACGUUGAGAAGCGCGAAGCCAUUAUAAGCGACAUGAAGGAGAAAUUGAAGAUUCACUCACAAGAAAUUGAGAAGACACGCGAACAAUUGGAACAACAGAAAUCCAUUGAGAAAGUGGCCAUUGAGGAGAAAUUGAAGACAGCUCAGACUUUGCGAGAUGAGAACAUUAAAAAGAUGCUGGAACGUCUUAAGGAGCAUAACACUAACAAAAAAAAUCAAAUCGACCAAUUGGAAACACAAAAACUCGAGGAGAAGACCCGCAUUAUUGAAAAUAAAUUGUACACCGCCGAACAAAAUCGUGAAAAGGAGAUACAAAAGAAAAUUGAAAAAGUUCAAAAACUUGAACGUCGCGCUGAAUUGGUGCGUCAGAAUAAGGCGGCAGCACAGCAACCGUUAUGUGAUGAUACCAACACAGCUAUUGCCUCAUCUGGUUAGAGCGACAACCACAACAAGAACACAACAACAAUAAUAUUUAUAAAAAAAACGGCACACAUACAUAGAAAACAAGAAAAAAAACAAACAGUUAAGAGCAAAAGAAAAUCGCAACAAUAACACUGAAGAGGAAUGAUAGCGGGGAUGGAGGAGGAGUUUUGCGGAGAGAAAACCUAAUGUGCGGCAGUGUGAACCUUGCGCGCAUAGCAGGGAAAUUGGAGAAAUUGAGCAGCAAACAAAACUCUGGCGCAGCUUAAGAACACUUACUAUGUAAUAUUGCAAAAAAAUAACACUAACAACUUAGCAUAGGAAAUGCGACUAAAAUUUCGAGACGAAACCAGCCGUUGCACAACUUAAAUGAUAUUUAAAAAAUAUAUAAAACAAAGAAGAAACGAGUAUAACUGCAGCAGUAAUAAAUGAAAAAAAAAUAUUCAAAAAAAA